UGUGCAUUUCGUGAUAAACAAUUUUGAAAAACAAUUUACACAAUUUGGUGGUGCCCAAGUCGAACAAAAUGAGCAAAUAAAUCAGCGGCGAGUGUUCACUAUUACGCACUAUCCGCCCGCAGAUAGUUAUACCGGUUAUCGGGUAACUCCACCCCAGACCAACAGCACCACCACCACCAGCCACAACAACAACAACAGUCGCCUUAUAAACAACAACAACAACAACAUUAGCAUCUGCAGCAGCAGUAGCAGCGGCAAUAGCAACAGCCUGUCAGCGAUCGCCAACAGAAUGGACACCGACGACGUUGAGUCCAACACCAGCAGUGCCAUGUCCACCCUGGGCACUCUAUUCUCCUUCACAUCGCCGGCGGUGAAGAAGCUGCUCGGCUGGAAGCAGGGCGACGAGGAGGAGAAGUGGGCGGAGAAGGCGGUUGACAGUCUGGUGAAGAAGCUGAAGAAGCGCAAGGGCGCCAUUGAGGAGCUGGAGCGCGCCUUGUCCUGCCCGGGACAGCCGUCCAAGUGUGUGACCAUUCCCAGAUCGCUCGACGGAAGAUUGCAGGUUUCACAUCGCAAGGGCCUGCCACACGUGAUUUACUGCCGGGUCUGGCGAUGGCCCGACCUGCAGUCACACCACGAGCUGAAGCCCCUCGAACUCUGCCAGUAUCCGUUCAGCGCCAAGCAGAAGGAGGUUUGCAUCAAUCCGUACCACUACAAGCGCGUGGAGAGCCCGGUCCUGCCGCCGGUGCUGGUGCCCCGCCACUCGGAAUACGCGCCCGGCCACUCGAUGCUGCAGUUCAACCACGUGGCGGAGCCCAGCAUGCCGCACAACGUGAGCUACUCAAACAGUGGAUUCAACAGCCUGGGCAACAGCAACACCUCGGUGGGCAGUCCCAGUUCCGUGAACUCCAAUCCGAACUCGCCGUACGACAGCCUGGCAGGAACACCGCCGCCCGCUUACAGCCCCUCGGAGGACGGCAAUUCCAACAAUCCCAACGAGGGCGGCCAGCACAUGGACGCUCAGAUGGGCGAUGUGGCCCAAGUCAGCUACUCGGAGCCGGCCUUUUGGGCCUCGAUCGCCUACUACGAGCUCAACUGCCGCGUGGGCGAGGUGUUUCAUUGCACCAACAACUCCGUGAUUGUGGAUGGCUUCACGAAUCCGUCCAACAACUCCGACCGCUGCUGCCUUGGCCAGCUGAGCAAUGUGAACAGGAACAGCACCAUAGAGAACACGCGGCGCCAUAUAGGAAAGGGCGUUCAUUUGUACUAUGUUACCGGCGAGGUGUAUGCCGAAUGCCUCUCGGACUCGGCCAUCUUCGUGCAGUCGCGGAACUGCAACUACCACCAUGGAUUCCACCCAAGCACCGUGUGCAAGAUCCCGCCCGGAUGCUCGCUGAAGAUCUUCAACAACCAGGAGUUCGCUCAAUUGCUGUCGCAGUCGGUAAACAACGGAUUCGAGGCCGUCUACGAGCUCACCAAGAUGUGCACUAUCAGGAUGUCAUUCGUGAAGGGCUGGGGGGCGGAGUACCAUCGCCAGGACGUCACCUCGACGCCGUGCUGGAUUGAGAUACACCUGCACGGGCCGCUCCAGUGGUUGGACAAGGUGCUCACCCAGAUGGGCUCGCCGCAUAAUGCAAUUAGUUCUGUAUCCUAGGCUAAGAUAAGGUGGAUUUAGACGAGCGGACGCGGCAAACAACCAUCAAACAAUACAAAACCAGUAGCUAAUGAGUAUGUAUGAGUGAAGAGCAAGUGUGUAAAAGACGACGGAGACCCGGGAGGACAUGUGAACGAACGAGGACGAGGUAGCGCGUCCUCGAACCCAGACGCAAGCUACUCAAGACCCGCCCUUUGCCUAUAUGCUAUGGUUAAUCGUACGAUUUCCUAUGCGAAUGUCAUUCCUAACGCAAUAACGAGAUAAAGAAGAGGAGCCAGCUAGAAACCAACUGGUGACCAACCAAGGUGGUGAACUACUUACACUGAUCUACAUGCUAUAAUAAUUAUGAUCUAUGCCCAUUGGCACAUCGUUGUUGUUCAAGUCUGUUUCAAGUGCUAACUAUGUGUCAUUGCAAACUGCUUUAAGUAUAAAGUGAGACCGACAUUUAAACCAUUAAUUAAUCCUACCAACUUAAAGUACAUAAGCGAGAUGAAAUUUAUAAAAGAAUAUGACGACCUAUUGCAAUACAUUUCUUAAAAUGAUUUGUCUAGACACCCAUUUAUGUUGUAUUUUUCUCAUUUCCCACGUUUUCCCCCUGAUCAACCAGCUUAAUGUUCAAUCGCGUUGAUUUAAAUCUAUGGUUUAACUAAUUUUAAGUUAAAGGCAGUGCCACGCAAACCCUCUUUUGGUUUAGAUCGCGAGGGAUUGGAAAUACCAGCAGUUUGUUCUUUUUUAAUCUUUUGUGAGUUUAAAUCGGUUGAGAAUUAAGUGGCCCUUGCGAAAAUAAAAACAAAAAAAGAUAUAUACCAAUAAUUAAAAUUUCCAAACAAUGAUCUUUUCGUAGCUUAAGUAAACCAUUAUGUGUAAUCGCAGUAAAAAGCAAAAGUAAUAUCUUUUUAUUAGCUGUAGGUGUAUAAUUUUUUAUAAACAUACUUGUACACUAGGACUUCUGUAGUUUUAUGAUUUUCCUUGAUUUUGUUUAGAGUUCAAAUGUGUAAUGAAACACAAACGACAUGAAAUGCUUAAUUUUUAAAUAAACAUCUUUUUUACUUA